GCUCAGCAACGCAAUUAUUCAUCAGUCCAACUUCAAUUUAGCUUUUAGUAGUUUACAAUUGGUUUGAAAGACGUGGUGUCACUGGGACGGAUUAUUCUAAUCUGAUCACUCGUUAAAAUUAACUUCGCUAUGGAUAUCCUUCUUGAAACAAGCUUUUCUCUGAAUUUUCAGUUGUUCUUUUAAUAGGAAGUAUACCAAAUCUGAUUGGUUCGUCCAUAAAUUAUAGUCUCGAUUUGCUCUUUAAUUAAAGUUGUAUUACUAUAUGGCUUUGAAACAUGGACUUUAAAAGUAUAAAGUAUGAGUAGGCCAUAGAUUUUUCAUCGUAUUUUUGAAAAACUUUUCAGGUUUCGAGAAACGAUCGAGUGAAUGUUUUUCAAGUCAGCCAUAGACAUUUAGGCUUAAAUAGAAAAUCAUUCGGUAAGAUUGUAAGUCUUUAUGUACCGUGGUUGAUAGGACAUUUUACUAGCAUAUAUAAGCCUCCAUGACCUUGUUUCAAGAUGCUUGUAUGUGUAGAGUCAUGUUUAAAGAUGUCUGUGAGAGUCCAAACGGAAAUGUAGCAUCGAUUCAUAAGUUCACUAACUUUUAAUCAGCCGUGUUAGCAGAGACAGAAAACUUGGUUGGGGUUCGAGUAACAAUCAUCUUAAUUAUUUGGAGAUUUUUGGUGACAUAGCCCAAAAUCGUUUGAAUUGGCACAUAUGCAUUGAAUUUAUAUGUCUUUUGAUCCUAGAUUCAAUUAUCCGUUCUACUUCGUCCUGUUGGACCAUAUUCUUGAUGUUAGGUCGUUCUCAUAAUCUCUAUCUCGAUCACUUUUUCAUACUGCCCUACUAGUUUUAUUGUAGCAUGGAAAAUUGGUAUAAUGUACGUUUCUAUCAGACACUAUUUACAUUUCACUGACUGAUCACUACACUACAGUUACGUUCCACUAUGUGAAACUGUGAAUAAUUCUGUACUUAUUGUUUGAAAGUUGUCUUAUGUUUCUGUAUAAAAGUAAACAGAAAAGACUCCAUCAUGAAAGGUCUUCCACUAGUCGGGGUCAUUAGCUUAUUUUACUAGAUUGACGUUUAUUCAUUUGUUUCAAUUAUUAUUUCUAAAUAGUUAUUAUCAGUCUCUAUCAUUCAGUUUUAGGUUUAGCCUCAUUUACAUAGUAAUGAGAUCAAAAUCAAGACACAAUUUAGUAUCUUCAAGUGUUAUGGUAGUGUAUCGCCUGAAAUAUUCUACCUCUUAAGACAACUUUUACACCUUAUUUUAAGUGUUGAAUUAGUUAGUUUUGUCAUAUUUCGUGAUUAAACACAAAGACUUUAACAUACUUGCCUAUAUCACAGUGUUAAAUCAUCCCAUCGUUUACCACGACGCGCAAUACUGACAAGUGUUGAAAGAAAGUUAAGGGCGGUCAAACCAAAACGUGGCUUCAGUCCUUGGAUUCACUAACUUCUGAUGUGAUCCAUGUUAGUAGGUGCAGACUGCUUGGUUGAGGUCGACGUGACCAUCAUAACCAGUGGCUGAAGACUCCUGAAGACGUGUUUCAGAAUAGAUUACAAUUGUGUGGGUGUAUACACCCUUUAUCUGCCCUUAAACUGUGAGGUUAAAAUCGCUUCAUACCUUUCCUUCUACCAAUUAAUUCUUUCUUCCUGUAUUAUAUCCUUAUAUACAAUCUUUCUUUUACAUAUUACUACUAUUGAAGUAACUACUUCUAUGAAUUCGGUGUUCACCUUGUUGUGCUAAUGAGGUGUGGCAACUUGAACCGAUGCAUAUGUGUGCCUGUUUCUACGUUGUAGUUGGCUGACUGACUGUUAAAUCAUCCUGUUGGAAUUAUUUUUGUUUAACUACUAAGUAGCAUGAGUGCUAUCCGACCAGGCACUGCAUCCCGUCUAAAAUCAGCCCAAAUACAAGGUAAAAGUGGUACUGCAUGUCGUGUAACAGAUGGCGCAAAAACGGGUGCCCGUGGUAGAACGCUUGGUGGGACAACUUUAAACACUAUGGUAUGUGUUGAAGAUAGACCGAUUACACAACAAGGUUUAGGCGGGAUUAAAAACCCAAUUCGUGGACCUAAACGUCAGAUUGAAGAUAAGUCAUACUUUCUGGGAUUGUUAAGGGGGAAAAUCAAUGAAAUAAACUCAGAAGUUGGGAAUAUAACACGUCAGUUAGUAGAAAAAGAGGAAGAUAAUGCUAUUUUUGUACAAUAUGAGCAAAUGGCUGAGAAAUUGGCGUAUGAAAUUAAAGAACUACAGGGUGAAUUAGGCGAUUACAAUACUCUCGUCGAUAAAGCAACAUUAGGCAAUAAUAUAACAAGUAUUGAAAUGGAUUUGGAAGAUGUACGUGCUGCAAAUGAACGAGCUGAACGGAAUUUAGAAAUGUUAUUUGAAGAUCGUCAAAGAAAGGAAUCAUCACUAAAAUCAUGUGAGCUAGAAUUAAAACAAGAACAAGAAAUGUCUGAAAUAGUUAUUCAAGAAAUGGUUGAUACAGAACGUGAACGUUAUUUUAAAUUAAAGGAUUUAAAUAUUCAUCUUCUAAAUCAGUUAAGUGAAGGUCAAAUGGAGUUAGAAAGAUUGAAUACAAGAAAAGCUGAACUUGAAGAAGAACUACUUACAUCACCGAUCAAACAAGAAGCUGUACGUUUAUUUACUCAACUACAUGAGAUUCAAAGUAGACGAGAUCAGUUAUUAUCUGAAGAGGCAUCAAAAACAGAUCCUCAAAUAGAACGUCAACGUCUAUUGCAACAAGUUAAAAGUGAUAAUCAAGAAAUUGCAGCUAUUGAUAAACAAACACAUGAAAUUCAAGAGAAAAUUACUAAUAAAGAAGAGGAAUUACAUUUACUGGAACAACAAUUAGAUGAAAAUUAUAAUGAAAGAAAUCAAAAAUAUCGUGAACUUAAAAAACGUGAACAACAAAUUGAUGAAUUCUUACAAACCUUUGAUCAUGCAAAGUCUUUAGAAAUUUCUGGAAUCCAUGAAAUGGAAUCAACAAUUAUUGAAAUUUUAAAUAAAACAUCCAAUUCUAUUAAUAAUUUCAAUCAAAUUACAUCAAAUCUUGAUGUAGAUCUAUCAUCAAUUGAAUUAAUUAUUCAACAAGAUAAACAUAAUAAUCAAAUGAUGAAUAAUACAAUACAAUAUCUAAAUAAUAAUAAUAAUAAUGAAACAGAAGAAGUGUUUAAUCAUUUGACAAAGGAACGGAUACGUUUAAAUCAAGAUUUAUUGAAAGUUGAUCAUUUAGAAAGUAAAAUUACACAAGAAAUGGAAACGUUAAAAAAGCGUAUUUCUAAAAUGGAAGAAGAAAUUGUAGUCUUCAGUGAUUUGGAUAAAGUUCGUGAAAAUGCAGUUCUUAAAAGACAAAGUUUAAAUGAAGAAAAAUCACGUUUAGACAGGUAUCGUAAUAAUUUAAACAAAUUAAAUCAACAAUUAUCUGUGGAAUAUUCAAAUUUACAAACACAUUUAACUGGACAAGAUAUAUAUAUACAAUUAACUAAUUUAGAACGUCGUUGGGCACAACAUGAAGAAAUUAAUUAUAGUUUAAAUGAAUUUAUUACUAAGAAACGUAAAGAAACUGAUCCAAUUCAAUGGAUUAAAUGUACAAUGGAAUUAGUGAAAAAUUAUAAUGAACAUUUAAAAUCUUCACUUGCAUCAAAACCUGUAAUUGCUUAAAUUUACCAUGUUGAAUACACAUACAUCAUACAUCUUCUGUUUAUUUCAUACUUUAUAUUAAAGUUAAUGAUUUUUUUUUU